AUGACGGGUCACAACCACUACGCAAUGUGCGCCCAAUUUCACCCGAAAGAAGAUCUCGUUGUCUCUGCAUCACUCGACCAGUCUGUCCGCGUCUGGGACAUCUCGGGCCUUCGGAAGAAACACUCGGCACCGACGUCGAUAGGUUUCGAGGAUCAGAUGGCACAUGCCAACCAGAAUCAGGCUGACAUGUUCGGCAACACAGACGCCGUUGUCAAGUUUGUCCUCGAGGGCCAUGACCGUGGUGUCAACUGGGUUGCUUUCCACCCUACCAUGCCGCUAAUCGUGUCCGCGGGUGAUGAUCGCCUCAUUAAACUCUGGAGGAUGAGCGAGACCAAAGCGUGGGAGGUCGACACCUGCAGGGGUCAUUUUCACAAUGCGUCAGGCUGUCUGUUCCACCCGCACCAAGAUUUGAUCCUCUCCGCUGGUGAGGACAAGACCAUCAGAGUGUGGGAUCUGAACAAGAGGACUGCAGUUCAGUCCUUUAAGAGAGAAAACGACCGCUUCUGGGUCAUCGCAGCACAUCCUGAGAUCAACCUGUUUGCGGCUGGUCACGACAACGGAGUUAUGGUUUUCAAGCUUGAACGAGAGCGCCCUGCCUGUGCCACGCAUCAAAAUCUCCUCUUUUACAUCAACAAGGAGAAGCAUGUCAAAACCUACGAUUUCCAGAAGAACACGGAAAGUUCCACUUUGCUUUCCCUGAAGAAGCUCGGCAGCGCCUGGAUUGCUCCUCGCACCUUGUCGUACAACCCAGCAGAGAGGUCUGUCCUUGUUACGACGCCAGCGGAUGGGGGCUCGUAUGAGCUUGUGAGCCUCCCCAAGGAUGGGUCUGGGGCAAUCGAACCAACUGAAUCCAAGCGCGGCUCCGGAAGUUCGGCUGUCUUCGUUGCUAGGAACCGCUUUGCCGUCCUUAACGCUCCGAAUCAGACAAUCGACAUCAAGGAUCUGUCUAACAAUACCACUCGUUCCUUCAAGCCUCCAGCUGGUACGACUGACAUUUACUUUGGUGGGACCGGUAACCUGCUGAUAAUAACUCCUACCGCUGUUCAUCUCUACGACAUUCAGCAGAAAAAGACCACAUCUGAAUUGUCCGUCAAUGGCGUCAAGUAUGUUGUAUGGUCCAACGACGGUUUAUACGCUGUUCUCCUCAGCAAGCACAACGUGACGAUUGUGACGAAGUCACUGGAGCAAGUCAGCACUCUUCACGAGACCAUUCGCAUCAAGAGCGCUGCGUGGGACGAUGCGGGCGUUCUUUUGUACUCGACACUAAAUCAUGUCAAGUACACGCUCCUGAAUGGCGACAACGGUAUUGUCCGAACUCUAGACCAGACGGUUUACCUGGUGCGGGUCAAGGGUCGCAAUGUCUACUGUCUCGACCGAGCAGCGAAGCCACGAAUUUUGCAAAUCGAUCCUACCGAGUACCGAUUCAAACUCGCGCUUGUGAAGAGAAACUACGAGGAAAUGCUUCAUAUUAUCCGAACUUCAAGUCUCGUGGGGCAGUCAAUCAUUUCCUACUUACAAAAGAAGGGCUAUCCAGAAAUCGCUCUACAGUUUGUGCAAGACCCAACCACCCGGUUUGACCUGGCCAUCGAAUGUGGCAACCUCGAAGUCGCCGUCGAGAUGGCAAAAGAGCUUGACAAACCCAAUUUUUGGACACGACUAGGUGCUGAGGCAUUGGCUCAUGGCAAUCACCAAAUCGUGGAGAUGUGCUACCAGAAGCUGAAACAGUUUGACAAGCUUUCCUUCUUAUAUCUCGCAAUCGGUGAACACUCGAAGCUGGCCAAAAUGGCCAAAAUCGCUGAGCAUCGCGGUGACUUCUCUUCCCGCUUCCACAACGCUCUUUACCUUGGCGAAGUCGAAGAUCGCAUUCAGAUGUUUAAAGAGAUUGACCUUUACCCACUUGCAUACAUGACGGCCAAGUUUCAUGGCUUGGAUGAGGAAUGCCAGGGCGUACUGGAAGCCACCGGCCUCACCGAGGAUCAGCUCACAAUGCCGGCAUUGGGAGAACCACUGAUGCCACCGAAGCCUGUUGUUCCAACCUUCAAGUGCAACUGGCCCACCAAGUCUUCGUCCCAGUCCUUCUUUGAGAAGGCACUUCUUGGGCAGGUGGAAGGCUUGGCCCUUGGUGACCAACCAGUUGCCACUGAUGGAACAGGCUUGGAGGAUCUAGAAGCUGACACUACGGCGAAGCGUAAUGGUGCUCUAGCCGACGACGAUGAUGAAGAUGUCGCAGGCUGGGACAUGGGUGAUGACGACGUGCCCGAAGCCGAUAACGACUUCGUCAAUGUUGACAGUGCUGAUGCUGGCGGUGCUGGCAGCAGUGAAGCUGAUCUUUGGGCACGCAACACCCCUCUGGCCGUGGAUCACAUUGCAGGCGGUUCAUUCGAAACUGCCAUGCAGCUCUUGAACCGACAAGUCGGCGCUGUCAACUUUGCCCCCCUUAAGCUCAGGUUUUUGGAGGUCUACCAAGCGUCCAAGACGUUUCUACCUGCCUCAUCGGGGUUACCGCCUCUUGUCAACUAUGUUCGCCGCACAGUUGAUGAGACAGAUCUCCGGCAAGUUCUGCCCAUCGUACCACGGGAUCUGGAGUACCUCGCCACUAGAAAUUUGCAACACGGUUACGACGCCAUGAAGGCAAACAAGCUUGAUGAUGGCAUUAAGCUUUUCAAGGGCAUUUUGCAUACAAUCCUCAUCAAUGCCGUGUCAAGCGAGAGUGAGGUAGCUGAGGCGAGGAAGCUCAUCACGUCAGCAAGCGAGUACACCGUGGCUAUGUCUAUCGAGCUCGCCCGACGAAAGCUCGGGGCCCCUGAUGUUGUGGUGCAAGAUCCACACAAGCUCAAGAGAAGUCUAGAACUGUCAGCAUACUUCACCAUUCCCAAGAUCGAGGUCCCGCACCGUCAACUGGCGUUGCUGAGUGCCAUGCAGUUAGCGACAAGGAACAAAAACUACAACUCGGCACUGGGCUUCGCCAAUCGUAUCAUUGCUAACGGCGGAUCGAGCAAGAUACUUGAGAAUGCCAAAAAGACGAAGUCUCAAUGCGAGAGGAAUCCCAAUGAUGCCAUUGACAUCGAGUUUGACCAGUUUGCUGAGUUUGAAGUCUGUGCUGCAAGUCACUCGCCCAUCUAUGGUGGCACCUCUUAUGAAGAAUGCGCCUUUGACGGAUCCAAAUAUCACUCUAAGUUCAAGGGCACCGUAUGCCGGGUUUGCGAGGUUUGCGAGAUUGGCAAGCACGGCAGCGGUCUGAAGCUUUUUGCUUAA